CCUACCUUCGUCCGUUUAUCGACCACCUGGAAGGAUUAGCCGAAUUCAACAUCGAAAGCCAAAAUAUGUAUGAAGCUGCAGUUGUGAAUGCCGGUGACAUGCGACGAUCCGGUGGAAUAUUUUGGAGCCAAGAACAUCGUUGCUUCAUUUUUCCGGACACUUUGUCGUCUCAAAUUAUCACUAGGUUGGAGUCGAAGCUUGGUUCCUUUUUGUCGACAAACCCGGCCCUGCAGUUUGUGCUGUACAUCAAUCAUUAUAAGGAAAACCAAGGACCGCUGAAAAUCGGCCGCGUUGGGAAAACCGGCUACGAAUUCAGUCCGACGAACGCGUUUAUUUCUCCGCGUUGGGGCGGAUUCCUGAUUGCUAAUGAAGUCGUGCGCAAUAUUUCUGCACAAACGGAUUUGCGAAUGUCGGGCAGGGAAGUCAUGAGUGUUUUCAUCGCCCAGCUUCGGAGGCUGCUCGGUUUUCCGUCCCUGAAGCUUUUCAAUGAACUGGAACCGAACGCGGUCGGGACGAACAAGAUGGGCAUUCAGAGCAGCCGGGGCUGGGAAUUGGAUCAGUUGAAACGGAUUCGAACCUUGGAGAACACCCUGGGUUCCAUCGACACUUUGACGGCAUUGUCCGAUUUGUUGGACGAGAUCGGGAACCUGGUGAUUCGUGACGAAAUCGGCACUGAGAUUCAAAAGGCAGUGAGCAGUAUUCGAUCUGUGCACGAGUUUCUGGAUAACAGCGACUUGGAGAAUGCGUUUAGAGCCUCGCUGGUGGCUUUGGAGUCUUCAGACAAGGCGUUUUUCGACGAAUCCUUGCUGGAGCUCUUGUAUUUUCCUGGUGACCAAAAGUGCAUACGCGGUCUACAUACCGCUAUUUUUGCCGGUGGGCAUUCCAGUGAUCUCAUCGAUACUCCAGUUGUGGCGUUGGUGGCGAAGCAAAAAGCCCUGAAGACGGAAUUCCGCUUGUUUACAGGAACACACGCACUAAUGGACGCCUGUGCGGCAGUAGAUAGAGAUGUGACAAAAGUAAUAGAAAAGUUUAACAACCUGAAAUCGUCGAUCGUUCGGCAUUGCGACGAUGCCUACUCCAAGUUGGACAACAUCAGGGAUGUUUUGACUGCCAACCCAGAAGCAAGUAUGUCAGUCGCUGAAGUAUUUAGGCUGACAGGAGCUGUCAAUGGAGCCAAGGAAAUGGCUCAGAAAGUUGCUGCCCAGCAUCGAGACCUGCACAAUGCAGUUUCCAAAGUUGGGAAGGCAAUUGACAGAAUCCUUGACAGAAAUUACGAUUCCAAAACAAUGUUGGCGUUG